ACUCAGGUUAAUAAUCCUUUGGGUAGUGAUAGCCGAAGAGGAACACAGAGUUAUGCGUUAUGCCUCAUCAAACACGUUAGUCGCUGGCUUCAUUGACUCCAACAGUUGAAUUCAAGAAUGUGACUGUUUGCUUAUUUAAGAGGAGAGUUUGGUUAAGUGCAGGUAACCCUGGAUUGUCUUGAUUCGAAAGCCUGGAUUUUUUUGCAAAAGACUGUUUACAGAAUGUGAAUCAAGCUUGAUAAAAAGAGGAAAGAAUAAUUUCACGUGGAUUCUAAGUCAACCGUUGGGAAAUAAACAAAUAUAAUGGCGGCAGAAUCAACCGCGGAAGCAGUAAUUAAGUCGAUUUUUAUGGCUCUUUUCAUUAUUUCUGCCCUUGUUGGAAACACGUUAGUGUGCGUUGCGAUAAGGAAAAAUAAAAGACUCCAAACUUUGACAAAUUAUUAUGUUUUCAACCUAGCUGUAGCUGAUUUUCUUUAUGGCCUUACUGGAAUGCCUAUGAUUUUAAUAACAUCAAUAGCGGGCGAGUGGAUUCUUGGUGACGCCCUAUGUCAGGUGAGUGGUACCCUCACAACACUGUUUGUAUUGGUUUCCAUUUGGACAAUGUGCUUGAUCGGUGUUAACAGAUACUUUGCUGUAGGAAGGUCAACAUCCUAUAAGUCUAUUUACAAAAAGAAGCGAGUACUGAUGAGUAUAGGUGCAGUUUGGGUGAUCGCUACCGUCGUUUCCAUCGCCCCCCAGUUUGGUUGGAGCAGCAUCCGACAAGGGGACAAUUUCUGCACAAUCAAUGGCAAAGAUGAGAUUUCAUAUUCAAUUUUCGUCAUCUUGUUCGCAUACCUUGCUCCUCUUCUCGUUCUUACCUGCCUCUACACGAAAAUAUUUGUUAUUUUACGGAAUCACGAAAAAACUAUGGUAGGAAUGAGGAGUGGAAGUCAACGAGCGUAUUCUGAAAAUGAUGGGGACUCCAUCGAUAUGAGUAGCGCUUACAAAGUAGAAAUUGAAAAAGCCACAAGCCUGCCACGAGACGUGGUAUUUGAUAAAACUCUGGCUCAAAGUAGCCCAGAAAAGCAAAUUAACAAAUACACCGCUGAUCAAAAUAACACAACAAAGAAUGGACCUGUACUCCAGAACGGGGGUGAGGUCAAUUCAAACAGAGACUCGUUUGCCGAUGUUUCCACCGCGCCAGCCAACACUGUGGAGGGAAGUGCCACGGAUUCCGUUGCCGAAGAACCGCCUGCCGAACACGGGAAUGACAUAGAGAAAUUCGAAAAUGCCGAUGGUUCAAAGUUAGCCACCGCGUCUGGCGAGGAGACUCCAAGGACAGCUUCUGAUUCUGGUGUAGCGCUGAUGUUGAACAACAAGCAAGGACAACCUACGGUAACAUAUCACGCAGACGUAGAGAAUUUGAACGAGACGCAACAGCCGCGUAAGACACGAACUCUAAGCGGUCUUGCAAACGCUCUUAAGUUAAGACGUUCGAGAACAAGUAAAAAGAUUAGAAAAUUCAAAAUGGAGGCAAGAAUAACAAAAAUGUUGUUCGUUGUGGUAGCUGUUUUCUUUCUUUGCUGGACACCAUUGGCUUUGGCCGCUGCGCUGUAUGCCUUCGGCGCAGAACCCAAGAAUUUCAACUUUUUUAGUUUUAGUUUUGUGAUUGCAUCAAUCAAUUCAAUUUGCAACCCAAUUAUCUAUGCUUUUAUGAAUAAGCUAUUUCGCAAAGCUUUUAAGAACUUGUUCACAAGCUGCCGUAUGAUGAACAAUGACUCUCAAGAGACAAGUUGAUCAACUGCACGUGAGCUUUGGUUCUGGAAUAACUGAGUCAGUUUUACCGUAAGCUGGCAAAAAUCCAGGUUCCUCAAGAUGUUAGCGGUGUCCAGAAUGUAAAAGCCAAUUUGAUUGAUAAAGAAAAUCGCUAGAUAUUAGAUGAAAAAUGGGAGCAGAUCAUUUUAAUAGUGUUUUGAAAUACAUUUUAGGCAACUUUUAUGUGUGUUAACGAAGGUAUUUCUCAAGGAACACAAAGAUUACUCAUUGCUUUGCUACAUUUGCAUGUGGAAGCGUUACUGUUUUAACUUUAUUUACAUCGGGGCUCACAUGAUAUGCACGCAUGUUUUAUUCGAAUUUUCAUGUCUACUUCCAGUGGCGUAACGGGGGUAUCUGGGCCCUAAGGAACAAACGUAGACCUGAGGCCCCUAUAUACGGACUGCAAGAAAGUCCCAUCCGGUCCCCUUCAAGGGUGUAGAGCAUUUCAAACACAAAAAAUAUGUAAAAGUGAUAAGUGUUUUGUUAACUAGGGAGAGCUGAGUUAUUAAAGCUUCAGCUGAAGAGCUUUGAAAGUUUUUGAAAAUGACUUGAAAGUGACCGUAGUCGUUGAAUAUCAUUGAUAUAAAUAUCAUUUGAGGGCCACCUUUGGUCAGGUUAUCUGCUCUAAACUGUGUUACGCCACUGUCAAAUAGAACAUGCUGGUUUGAUACUAGCUAGCUACCCUUUACCAGUUAAAUUUCUUUGAUGUAAAUGUGUCAGGGACCUUAUACCCUAGAUACCAGUUACUAAGGUCUUACUGAUUGAUCAAGGCUGACAACUCUAAAUUCUUUUAGCUGGCUUUUAUAUUUCAAUGUCCAAGUGGUUCCGUGAGAGUUCAUGAAGUUAGCUCAAGUCGCACACACAUUAAUUAAACAUUUCAUUCAAGACUGCUUUAACACAAGAUAUCAGCCGAAAUUCGUGUAAUAUCCCGCACCUUAACAAGUUCUGUGUAAAUAUUUUUAACUUAUAUGAAACAUGCAAACAUGCAGCUAACGUAAAUGUAAGAUUUGCAGUUGAAAGUAAUCAGAAAUUAUGUCACUGUGGUAGCAGCUUUUGCCGUUUUUAGAAGUAAAUAAUGUCUUUAUGUAAGGAUCCGGUGCUCUGGGGGACGACCAUACUAUGACCCAGUUCCCAGUACUCUGUUUUCCAAUUUUUCCAUUUUCGAAUGACACUGCGAAUAUCAAGUAAAUCCGUUUUCCAGGGUAUUAACGGGAACGAUGAUGCAAAAACGGAUUCAUUCACCACCGCUUCCGUACAAAAACAGAGUAAUGGAAACAGGGCCUAUACUUAUUAUUUUUCUUAACACUGCAUUCAGUUGUUAGUUUUUCUAUAUAUUCACCGAUAUCAAGCGUGACGUCAGCAAGUAACUUUUCAAUUCGCAAUGUUAUUUCAGAUUUUUCUGUCCAAAUUCCAAAAAAAGAUCUGAAAUAGGUAUGUGUGCGUGUACUGGUGAUCAGUGUACCACCCCGUGCUUAUCUAAGUCUUGCGUUUGCUGGAUUCUGAUAUUUCUCGAUAACCCCUGCCCUCUUAUUAUCACCCCAGUCCUUAACAACUUGUCGGUGAUUUCCCAUGUCAGCCAGGCUUAUCGUCUCCAGGCCACAACUUAGAUCAGUACAUUCUUGAAAACCAACUUAUAACAAAUAUGUUCACACUGAACUGUGAAAUUUUGCCCUGAGCCCAAAGCUUAAUUAAAUUUUGGUGCCUGUUAAUUACUGGUUUAAAGGAAAGUCUUGCUCAGGAUAUGUAAUCUUUUACAGUUUUCCGCUAGAAAAUUAGUCAAAGUUUUACAAGGAAAUCGCUAUUACUGAGACAGUCAUUUUACUAAACUGUUUCGUAUCCAUGGUACUUUUUCUUUGUAACGUAGGUAUAUGGGUUGACAUGACACGACUGUGUUAGAGACAGUUAAAAGGGUUUUCAGUUAACCGUUUCCGUGAAGUUUUAUGACAACGAAGAUAGUAAGCAACUUAGAUCCAACUUUAAUAAGAUCAAAGCAUGCAGUAUGCGGACAGCGCCUGCAAAUUGACGUUGUUUCGCCCUAGUCACUGAAUAGAGAUUCUAUAUCAAUAACGCGUGAUUACGUUAUGAUUCAUCCGCCCGCAAGUCUUUCCUUCAUCCCAGAAAUUGACCUUAGUCCGUAGCCAACUUGAAUCAUUUACCCAUAAAACCGAAAUUUAUAUUUAAAACCCCUUAAGUUGUCUACCCGAUACCAACCCCUUUAAUUUGUUUCCGAUAGGAUGAAGCUAAAUGGACAGUUCUUUAUAUAUUUCCCUUAGUUUGCGGUAUAUUGAGAAAAGUGUUUUGCCGGUUCCAAAUAGUAACUUUUAUUUUUUAUUGAUUUAAAGGUAAUGUUGAUUAAUGUAUACAUUCAAAUGUUGAAAGCUAUAUAAAUGUUAUUAUUUGAUAAACAGAACAAUGACCCCCUGGA